AUGGCAAGUUCCUCAGAGAUGAAGACAUUAAGUUUAUAUUUUUUGACCUUUAAUUGUGGUCUCGCUCUUAUCGAUACUGAUGCAUUUGCCUCUCAACUCUUUAAUGGUCUCUCAUCUCCUAACUUACCAGACCUACUCGUUCUCUCCUUACAAGAAAUUGCGCCCAUACCAUAUUCUCUUAUAGGUGGAUCCUUUCUGGUACCAUACUUCAAUCGAUUCCACGAUGCGGUCGGAAAAGCUUCAAAGAAAUUAUCAAACGAUGGGUCGGCAUAUACUUCGAUAGCAGCACGGAAUGUUGGCUUGACGGGAAUUAUGAUAUUUGCAAAGGACCCAACACUUAUACAAGAUCUAGAGGCUGCUGAAAUUGGGGUAGGAGCUUGGUCAAUGGGAAAUAAAGGAGCAGUUGGAAUAAGAUUUACAUAUGGAAGUGGAAAUACCUCAACAGAGUUAACAUUUGUUGCGGCACAUCUUGCUGCCAUGGAAGAAGAACUGCAAAGACGCAAUCAAGACUGGAAAGAUAUUGUGCGCGGAUUGGUGUUUUCUUCGACAACCUCAAAUCAUUCCACAACUUUACCUCGAGGUGAUGAAGAUAGACCAUUGUUAUCAAUUUCACCACAAGAUGGUUCAAUCUUCAAAGCAACAUCCCAUCUAUUUUUCGGCGGCGACUUGAAUUAUCGAACCUCCUUACUUUCCCCGGCGCCAAAUGAUCACAUCAACACAUUUCCACAACCGAAAGAUUCUGCUUCAUCUUCCAAUCAUUAUUCAACCCUGUUCAAAAACGAUCAACUCAACCAAGAAAGACUAGCUGGUCGAACUUGCCAUGGGCUCAUCGAAGCUCCAAUAUCGUUCCCGCCUACAUAUAAAUAUGAUGCCGAAGGACCAUUCAACACCUCCGAUGAAGAAUUGAACAAAUGGCCUUGGGCAAAGCAUAGAUGGCCGAGUUGGUGUGAUAGGAUCCUGUUCCUUGAUAUGCCAUCUUGGGUACAGCAGAGUGAUCCAGAGGCCAAAAUUAUUCCAAACAAAUACUCCGCAUUACCUCUUCUUCCAACAUCGGAUCAUAGAGCUGUAGCUUUGGAUGUAACGAUUCCUUUGUUACCUAUUCCAGAACCCGAAGAGGAGGAAGGUGUAAAUGAUCCUAGGGUCAAAAUGCCAUUUGAUAUCGACAUUGAUUGGAAGAAGAAGAGGGAGAGAGCUAGAAUGCUGGAAUUGGUUGUAGGGUAUACAAUGUACUUCACAGGUACAAAGGAGGGCGCUGCUCUAUUCGUCGCAAUGGUUGUUGGUGGAGUGGGGGCUAUAUUUGUUUUUAAGUCGUUAUUUGCCGCUUAA